AUGCAACUAUUUUCCAAGCAAAAUGAUGUUAGGAAAGCUAAAGUCAUCAAAAUAAUUCCUGUCCAACAUAAAGGAAAAGGUGAACUAUGUGAGCUACACCAUGGAAAAAACGGGGAGAUAUCGUUUUUUUAUCAAAAGAAGAAAUAUUUGUGGGAUGAAGAUAAAAAGAAAUUUAAAAAGCUACUUUAUCCAUGUGACAUAUACUCUAAACUAUCAACAUUUCAAAAUACUAAAGGUCUUGAAACUCAGAAUGAAAUUAAGUUAACUCACGAGAAAUAUGGAUAUAAUAGAUUCGAUAUUCCGGUGCCAACCUUUCCAGAGUUAUUCAAAGAACAUGCCGUUGCGCCAUUCUUUGUCUUUCAAUUAUUUUGUGUUGGAUUGUGGGUUAUGGAUGAAUAUUGGUACUAUUCGGUAUUUACACUAUUAAUGCUUGUAGUAUUCGAAUCUACUGUCGUCUUUCAGAGAUUGAAAACUUUGGCCGAGUUUCGUACCAUGUCGAUUAAGCCAUACCAGAUCCAUGUUAGACGAAAUCGCCGCUGGACUCCUACCGAUUCUGACCAACUUUUACCGGGGGAUUUAGUGUCUAUCGUUCGUUCCAAGGAGGAUAGUGGCGUUCCUUGUGAUAUGAUACUUUUACAAGGUUCUUGUAUUGUGAAUGAGGCGAUGUUGUCCGGUGAAUCGACGCCGCUAUUGAAGGAAUCGAUUGCUCUCCGUGAUGGAAAUGACGAACUUGAUAUGAACGGCAUUGACAAAAACAGCAUGUUGUUUGGAGGCACAAAAGUCCUACAAGUAACUCCUCCUCAACAAGAUGUUCUUUCUGCUCCGGACGAUGGAUGUAUUGCUUAUGUUAUUCGCACCGGAUUUGGAACUGCUCAGGGGAAACUCGUGCGUAUUGAACAUGACCGUAAAAGGUCAAAGCUCUUGCUCGAUUGUAUUUUAAUCAUUACAUCAGUUGUACCGCCGGAAUUGCCAAUGGAACUUUCUUUGGCAGUUAACACCUCGUUGGUCGCAUUGGCUAAAUUUGGUGAGACACAAACUAUUUAUUGCACUGAACCAUUCAGGAUUCCUUUUGCCGGAAAAAUUGAUGUUUGUGCUUUCGAUAAAACUGGCACCUUAACUGGUGAAAAUCUUGAAGUCGAAGGAAUUGCUGGAAUACACCCCGAAGAUUCAAAGAUUUUGGUAAAACCACCAGAAGCUUUACGGGAAUCGAUUCAAACCUUGGCUGCAGCACAUGCCUUAGUCAAAUUAGAUGAUGGCAUUGUCGGCGACCCUAUGGAAAAGGCCACACUGGAAGCGCUAGAUUGGAAACUUGGCAAAGGCGAUACUGUCAUUCCUGCGAAUCAACAAUCACAACGUUUUCAACAACGGUCACAAAUACAAAUUCGUCGCAGAUUUCAAUUUUCAUCUGCACUUAAGCGUAUGUCAAGUGUCUCAACAAUUCCAACAUCCCGAUUUAAAAAAACUUUUGUUGCAGUUAAAGGUGCACCCGAGACAUUGCGUAAUAUGUACGUUUAUGUUCCCGACGACUACGAGGAAACAUUCAAGUUUUUUAUGCGUAGAGGAAGUCGAAUUAAUGAAUUGUCGCGAGAGUCUGUUGAAAGUGAACUAACGUUUGCAGGAUUUCUUAUUUUUCAUUGUCCGCUCAAAGAUGAUGCCAUAUCUACUCUUCAGAUGUUAAAUGAGUCUUCUCAUAGGGUCGUGAUGAUCACCGGAGAUAAUCCUUUAACAGCAUGUCAUGUAGCACGCGAAGUGAAAAUUCUUGAACGCGAUGUAUUAAUUCUUGAUCUUCGCGAAGAUGCCCAGAAUAAUGAUGAUCUUGUUUGGAAAUCAGUUGAUGAGAAAGUCAUUAUACCUGUCAACCCUGCAGAACCAAUUGAUCUAUCGAUUUAUCGUGACCACGACCUAUGUAUAACGGGUGCAGCACUGGCAUGUUAUGAAAACAAGCCCUCUGUAAAAGAUCUAUUAGUCCAUACGUGGGUGUAUGCACGUGUUUCUCCCGGACAAAAGGAAUUCAUAUUGACUUGCCUUAAGCAAGCUGGAUAUAUUACAUUGAUGUGUGGUGAUGGGACAAAUGAUGUUGGUGCUCUUAAGCAAGCUCAUAUCGGCGUUGCGCUUCUUGACGGCAAACCUGAGGAUCUUAAGAAAAUUGCUGAACACCAACGAAUUCAGAGACUUAAAGAUGUAUAUGAAAGUCAAUUAAAAUUUACUUCGCGAUUUAACAUGCCACCUCCACCCCCACCACCAGCAAUUGCACAUUUAUUCCCACAUAUUACGCAACAACUCCAACAACAAAAUAAUGCGGGACAAGGUCAAAGACGACCUCCUCCUCAGAUGGAUCGACUCGCGGAACAACUUUUACAAGAUUUCGAUGAUGAACCACCGUCCAUUAAGUUAGGAGAUGCAUCAGUAGCAGCGCCUUUUACAUCCAAACUUUCAAAUGUAGUAGCAAUUGUAAAUAUUGUCCGUCAGGGUCGAUGUACAUUGGUUGCCACUAUUCAGAUGUACAAAAUUUUGGCUUUAAAUUGUUUAAUUUCUGCAUACAGUCUGAGCGUGUUAUAUUUGGAAGGAAUUAAAUACGGUGAUUUACAAGUUACUAUUUCUGGCAUGUUACUUGCCGUUUGUUUCCUUUGUAUUUCAAAAGCUAAGCCAUUAGAAAAGCUUGCCAAGCAACGACCACAAACAAACAUUUUCAAUUUUUAUAUUAUUCUAUCCAUUCUUGGUCAAUUCGCUAUACACAUAGCGUCUCUUGUUUACAUAGUAGAUUUAGUAUUUCAUUAUGAAGAGAAGAAAAUUGUCGACCUUGAAGGAGAUUUUGAACCAAGUCUAUUAAACACAGCGAUAUAUUUAAUCUCGUUAUCUAUGCAAGUCUCCACUUUCGCCAUUAAUUAUCAGGGACACCCUUUCAGAGAAAGUCUGAAAGAAAAUACUGCAUUGUAUUAUGGCUUGCUAUCUGUAGGUGCAAUUGCCUUAUCUGGUGCCACCGAAGUUGUUCCUGAUAUGAAUUCUAUGUUACAAUUGGUUCCUCUUAAAUCUGAGUUCAAAUAUCAUCUUACUGCUACUAUGCUUUUUGACUUUCUCGGCGCGUGGCUUAUCGAAAUUCUGUUUAAAUUUAUAUUCUCUAAUAAUAAACCUAAAGCUAUUGCUCAUAAACCUUCAAAAUCAGGAAAAUAA